CUGGCGAGGACCGCGGGAGGCGUGUUCCUCUGGAGUUUGCUUUUGCUUGGGAGACACGCGCGCACACCCAUUCCUCUGGCCUGGCGACCGUGCCGGGGAGGUGGAGAGUCACUCUGGUCCACCGAAUCGUCGCCGGAGGUUGGGAGCGGGGAGAGAUUUCCCUCAAAGGAGUCGGGCCCUGCCGGGGAAGUUUCCCCAAGUCGACGCAGUGCUGCAGCCCCGGUCACCCGCCACCCUACGCGCCACCCUUGUUCUCCCACUCCGGAUCCGUCUGGCCCAGGCGCGGACCUGGCGCUGUUUGCGACCGUACAAGAAGAUCCGAGGUGAAAGAAAGGUGUAAAAACAACUUAAGACUUUUCUUCAAAUCCACACUAAGAUGGAUACUUUUUGCCUCACGACAUCCCUUUGGCUCGUCCUGGUGGGAGGAGUAAUCAGUGACAAUCCCGAGAGACACAGCACGAAUCUAAGCAGUCAAGCGGGGGACUUCACCCCUUUUCCAGGGACAGAGCUCAGCUUUCUGGGAACCACUCAUCGACCUACAAAUUUGGCCCUGCCCAGCAAUGGCUCAGUGCGUAGCUAUUGCCCACAUCAGACUAAAAUUACAACAGCUUUCAAAUACAUUAACACUGUGAUAUCCUGCACCAUCUUCAUCGUGGGAAUGGUGGGGAAUGCAACCCUGCUUAGGAUCAUUUACCAGAAUAAGUGCAUGAGGAAUGGCCCCAAUGCACUCAUAGCCAGCCUGGCCCUGGGGGACCUGAUCUACGUCGUCAUUGAUCUCCCCAUCAAUGUGUUUAAGCUGUUGGCGGGGCGCUGGCCUUCUGACCACAACGAUUUUGGGGUAUUUCUCUGCAAGCUCUUCCCCUUCCUGCAGAAGUCAUCCGUGGGCAUCACCGUCUUGAAUCUCUGUGCCCUCAGUGUCGACAGGUACAGAGCAGUGGCCUCAUGGAGUCGUGUUCAAGGAAUCGGGAUCCCCUUGAUUACCGCCAUUGAAAUUGUCUCCAUCUGGGUCCUGUCCUUUAUUCUGGCCAUCCCAGAGGCCAUCGGCUUCGUCAUGGUACCGUUCGAAUACCGGGGUGAGCAGUAUCGAACCUGCAUGCUCAACGCCACGACCAAGUUCAUGGAGUUUUACCAAGACGUGAAGGACUGGUGGCUCUUUGGCUUCUACUUCUGCAUGCCGCUGGUGUGCACGGCCAUCUUCUACACCCUCAUGACCUGUGAGAUGCUCAACAGGAGGAAUGGCAGCUUGCGGAUUGCCCUCAGUGAGCACCUCAAGCAGCGUCGAGAAGUGGCGAAGACCGUGUUCUGUUUGGUUGUCAUCUUUGCGCUCUGCUGGUUCCCUCUUCACUUAAGCCGCAUUUUGAAGAAGACUGUGUAUGACGAGAUGGAAAAGAACCGAUGUGACCUGCUCAGCUUCUUGUUGCUCAUGGAUUACAUCGGUAUCAACUUGGCAACCAUGAAUUCUUGCAUAAACCCAAUAGCUCUGUAUUUUGUGAGCAAGAAAUUCAAAAAUUGUUUCCAGUCAUGCCUCUGCUGCUGCUGUCACCAGUCCAAAAGCCUCAUGACCUCGGUCCCCAUGAACGGAACAAGCAUCCAGUGGAAGAAUCACGACCAGAACAACCACAACACAGAAAGGAGCAGCCACAAGGACAGCCUGAACUAGAUGAACUAGCCCUCUGCAGAUUCGCCAAUCACUGUGUCUUCAAGUCCUGGCGGGGAAAACGGACACACAGCAGCGGGCCUCCCUAAAGCUCCCAAAUUCCCUCCCUUGGUCCUUCUCUAAUCCAACCCAAGAAAAGAAAAGCACUCCUGCCCUCCCAACAGCAUGUGGUGGAACAGCUUCCAACCACAGUCAAUGGGUCUACCUAAAAAUUUGCAUAAUUUGCAUGUCAUAUCCAACACUUGAAAAUUAUGAGAGCUGAGGGAGAUUGUUCAAGGAACCCAUACAAUAUCUGCAAUCUUUGCAGGAACACAGAGUUUGAAAGUUCAACCAGCAUUCAGCCAGUUCUAUGGGGCAGCGAGUAAGAAUGUUCAGCAGAGAACCCUAGAGCAGUGGUUCUCAACCUUCCUAACACUGCAACCCUAUAAGACAGCUCCUCAGAUUGUGGUGACCUCCAACCAUAAAUCAUUUUUCUUUGUAUUUCAUAACUGUAAUUUUUCUACUGUUAUGAAUCAUAACGUAAAUAUCUGAUAUUUCUGAAGAUCUUGGGUGACCCCUCUGAAAGAGCCAUUCCACCCCAAAAGGGUCUGACCCACAGGUUGAGAACCACUGAUCUAGCGGUUCUACUGGGUUGAGUGGUACAUGCCUGUAAUCAUGGAACUGAAGAAACGAGGCAAAGGCAAUCAGGAGUUUGAGGUUAGUCUCAUCCUUGCGGUUCAUAAAAGCCUGGGCUAUAUAAUAUUCUGUGUCAGAAAUACAGAUUUUAAAAAGGUUUAGAGAUAAUGACAAGAUUCUUUUCGUUAGCCAGAAGCACUGUGAGGCUAAAGUACUUUGGAGAUGUCAUUUGGUGUUAGUGUUUUCUAUCUGCUUGGACCCUGGAAAUGAUUGUCCCUCUUAUUUGCAUAUACUCAGAAGAAGAUGCAGAGAAUGGCAUCGAUGAGCAAUGGGCAUGUUUCUGUGUCACUGUUUAUUUGUGAACGUGACUUCUAAAGCUGCCACAAAUGCAGCCAGAGCCUGGCACUGCCGGAGCAGUGUAGUAGCUGCUCAACAAAGAAUUUUUAAGGCCCUCUAUAUUUUCUUUUUUUCUUCCUUUUUUUUUUAUUUUCAAGACAGGGUUUCUCCGUAGCUUUUUGGUUCCUGUCCUGGAACUCUGUAACUAGCUCUUGUAGACCAGGCUGGCCUCGAACUCACAGAGAUCCACCUGCCUUUGCCUCCCGAGUGCUGGGAUUAAAGGCGUGCGCCACCACUGCCCGGCCCUUUUCUUCCUUUUUUUUAAUGAUGUUUUUAUUAGAUCAUAUUUGUAUUUGGUUUUAUUUAAAUUUUGAGACAGGACUUCACUAUGUACAUCAAGCUAGCCCCUGAACUCACAGAUAUCCACCUGUUGCUGCCUCCCAAGUGCUGGAAUUAAUGGCGUGUGCCAUUACAUCUGGCGUGAGCAUAUUUUUAUGUCAAAUUAAAAAUAAUAACACUUGGGAGCUGGACAAGAUGGCACAUGCACAUGCUUAAGGCUCUUAACACUUGGGGAGGCUGAGGCAGGAUGACUGAGUGUCAUCACAGUGGGAGGGAUUCCACCUUAAAAUAAUAGCUAUUAAUAAUAAUACUGACAUCCUCCAGUUCUAGUUCUCAUAACCCUUCUUUGGCAAUGUGAAGGCAUGUCCUGAAGCUAAAGUGAGUCGCUGGAGUGUGCCUGAGACGCCCAGUGCCAUGCCGGAAGCACACCUAGGAGGAAAAUGCUGAGUGGCUUUUGAGGACCUGAAAAUCUUCUCCAAGCUCUGCGGUAGUAGCACGUAUAUGAUGUGUGAUCCCUUUCGUGCACUCAGUGUCUUCCACAGCGAUGACUGGCUACAGGCUUUCCUGCUCAUUCCUUUUUCCAGGCAGGAAACAAUGUCAUAGUGGCCAAAAAAGCUGAUUGUGUUGAGUGAAAUGUAUUAUAUCUGCGUGAGCCUUUAACUCUUCACUCCUCUCUGAUAUAAACUUCAGUCUCUACCCUGUCCCCAGAUUCCCAGUGGUCACCAUUUCAAAGGGCCCUCAGUAAUUCUACUGGGCAUUUUCCCAGAUGUUUACAGACUGUGAGAAUGACAAAUAUCUUUUAUUCUGUAUGUAUAUAAAUAUAUAAAUAAUUGUAAAUUUCUUGUAGCCAAAUUUUCUGUGAUAGUCUCUAUGGAAUGUGUGAGAGUAUAAGUGUGUGUGUGUGUGUGUGUGUGUGUGUGUGUGUGUGUGUGUGUAAGUAUGUAUGGAUUUAAUAUAAUCUUAGGAUGCCUUGUGUUUUUACCAAAGCACAUGACUGGGAAUGGAUUCUAGCUGGUUGUUCAUUAUAUAACCCAUAAGAACCUCAAGUGUUCCAUACUUGUGACUCGGUUACCAUUACAGAUUGUGGACAGCAUCAUCCAAGGGAAUGAGCCAUAGGCUAGCAGUUGGAGAUUUUGUUAGGUUGGAUGACUUGAAAAAGCAGCAUUCGGGGCCAUAGAGUUGUCCAUGAUGGAGCAAGGUGUUUUGUAGUUGGAAGUAUCAUACUCCUCUCUUUAUUUCCUUGAGUGUUUUUUUAUUUGGUGUGUGUGUGUGUGUGUGUGUGUGUGUGUGUGUGUGUGUGUGUGUGUGGUUACUUUUUGUACUGGGGAUUAAGCCCAUGACCAUAUGCUAGGCAAGUGUUCUACCAAAGAGCGACAUCCCCAGCCCAGAAUUACUUUUGUUCUAAUCCUCAACUGUGGUACAACUGAAAAGCUGCCUGGAGUUUCUGCCAUAUGCUUGGCUUAUAGAUAGAUUGUUGGUGGAAAACUAGCUAUGUUGACUUGUGUCCUAUUUUAUUACAGUCACCACAUUAGGUUGUUUGGACUGCAGGGCUGAGACAUACUGUCCCUCUGUGUUGUAGUAGUCAGUCCCAUGCACACACCUGUACAUGCCUAUAAUUCGAUAUAGAUGCACACAGUUUUGUUUAUUAGACCAUUGUCUUCUUAAAGAUGCUUUUUUUACAUAUAAAAUACAUGUUUUAAAUCCAGAACCUCUUAGAUCUAAAUACACAGGCUUCGGUGCGCAUUUUGUUCUUGGACUGAUAACUAUGGCUCACUCAUACAAACAGUUCUGAUUUCUACCUUUACCAUAUUUCCAGCAAAUUACUUUGUCGAAAUGAGGGAGAAGCUAAGGGCCUGGGUUGGUAGUGUCCUUAAACAGAA